AUGGCAACGGCGACAACAGUUACUACAACUACUAGCUCCUCUUCUCUUUGCCACCACCGUACCAAACCCACUUCUUCAAGAUUUCGAAUUGGGUCCGCCUUUUUUAAGUUCAGUAGGAAAGCAUCGGCAGCAGCACCCAUGGCGGCCACCGCCACCGUCAAGGUAACGCCUGCCGUCAUAGUCGGCGGGGGCCGGGUGGGCCGGGCCCUGCAGGAGAUGGGCAACGGCGAGGAUGUGCUGGUGAAGCGGGGCGAGCCCGUUCCGCUGGAUUUCGCCGGCCCCAUCUUGGUAUGCACAAGGAAUGACGAUCUCGACGCCGUCCUCGACUCCACUCCUCCUUCCCGCCGGAGCGAUUUGGUUUUCUUCCAGAAUGGAAUGCUGGACCCAUGGUUUCAGAGCAAAGGUUUGGGUGAUGCAGACCAGGUUUUGGCAUACUUUGCUGUGUCAAAGCUUGGUGAGCCUCCUAUUGAUGGGAAAACAGAUACUAAUCCAGAAGGGUUGACGGCGGCUUAUGGAAAAUGGGCAUCUGCAGUGGCAGCAAGAUUACAUGCCGGGGGCCUCUCCUGCAAGGUUCUUGACAAGGAAGCAUUUCAGAAGCAGAUGCUGGAGAAACUCAUAUGGAUAGCAGCAUUCAUGCUAGUAGGAGCGCGCCAUCCCGGUGCAACCGUAGGUGUUGUUGAGAAGGAAUUUCGCUCGGAGGUUUGUAGGCUGAUUGCAGAACUAGCAUCCGCAGCAGCAGCUGAGAAAGGGACAGUUUUCGAAGAUGGGAUAGAGGAUAGACUCUGUGCUUAUUCUCGGGCUGUCGCUCACUUCCCAACAGCAGUCAAAGAGUUCAAGUGGAGAAACGGCUGGUUCUAUUCACUUUCUGAGAAGGCGAUUGCACAAGGGAAACCGGAUCCAUGCCCGCUGCACACGGCAUGGCUGAAAGAAAUAAAAGUUGUUUAAAUUUUGAUCACCCAGAGAUGGAGUAGCAGCCACCUUAAAUCAUUCUGAGUUGAAUAAUGUUGCUGGUUUCUGAUAUUUUGUUGGCAAUGUGUUGCUUUGCUUGGAACUUCUUCCAAAUUGUCACAUUAUCUAUCAUUCAUGCUGCUUGCCUUCCCACA